UUCCCUCGGCUGGACCGUGUUUUGCUUUGGCAGUUCAUAAUUUCAUGUUAGCCAUUUCUGCUCCGCGGUCUCCGUCGACUUUAGCGAAGCAACCAUGGCGCAGGCGGCCCCGGCGAACGUGUUCGACGCGAGCAGCUCCCAGAUCCAGGUGGAGCACGACAGGAAGCGUCGGCAGUUCGUCAUCAGACUGAAUGGAUCUCAUGAUCGUGCAGUUCUUCUGUAUGAAUAUGUUGGGAAAAAGACAGUGGACUUGCAACACACCGAAGUUCCAGAUGCUUACAGAGGGAGGGGAAUUGCCAAGCACCUGGCCAAGGCAGCCAUGGAUUUUGUGGUCGAAGAGGAUCUGAAAGCCCACUUGACCUGCUGGUACAUUCAGAAAUACGUCAAAGAGAAUCCUCAGCCUCAGUACUUUGAACAUAUUUAUCAAUGACCCCACACCAUGGCUCCAACAGAGAAGAGGAGGAGAAAGAGACUCCCAGGAGAUAAAUACUGUGUGGUGACAGCAGCAGCAGCAGCAGCAGCAUGUUUUGAAAUUACAGGCUGAUAUACAAUAAAGGACCUUCCAGGCAUAUUGAGUGAAUCCAGAGACAGUGGAUCACACAGGGACGAUGUCUGUUAGCUGAACGUCGAGUCUCCAGUCCUGUCCACAACACACGGACGCACAUUCACCAGAAACAGGAAGUGAAUCAGCUGGUCGUGACUUGUAAACAUGAGCAAACGAAUCAACCAGGACUGAAGCCUGUUACCUCAGAAAGAAACCUCCAGGUUGUAUAACCCACCCUCCUCUGAACUCACUGGUUGUGAACAGCACUACAAGAUAGCCGACCCAGGUGUCUUUCUCUGUGAUGGCUUGGAUGGAAGCGGUGAUGGCCUCACUGGUGCUCAGAUGAUGAUGACGACUUUUAUAUCUCAACCCCCUUUUGAUAUUCUUUGAGUUGGUUAUUAUUAUUUUUAUUUGCUUUCCACUCUUAGAAAUUGCGUUUCUUAGGGCUGAAAUGCUAGUAUAGUAGGUUUUUAAUGCUAAACGCAUCUUUGAAACAUCAACCUAUUUUUAUUUCUUUAGCUAUGUAACUGCAAAGACGUAUAGGCAUACAUUUGGCUGGUAAAGGAGUAAUAAAAACAUUUAAAAAUCGUAUCUGUAUUUUAAACAUUUAUUUCCCAAAUUCUCAAUUUGGUUCCAUUGUUACUUUGUCCACUUCCAUUCUUCCCAGUAACGUAAGCUUUCUGUCCAAUAUUUGAGUUAUAAAUUGAAAAGUCAAAGGUUCAUUCAUUUGAAAACCAAAGAAUACAAUCUUAUGAUUCUCAUGCUCUGGCGGCAUUACCGUUUUCUCCAUUGUAUGUGUUAAAUGUUACAGACACAACAAAUAAGGUCUGAAAGCUUUGUCACUGUGGACUUGGAUCAAUAUCUCUGCUGAAACCGGCAUUUCAAAAACAACACUGUUAUAUUCCGGGCAUUUACAUUCUAUGGUGUCAAACCCUCCUUUGUUCUGUCAUUUAGGGAAGUGUCACUGAAUGGCUGAAGCUUCAUGUUUUCUCGUCAUCUGAUCCAUUAUUUUCUCUUACACCGCAAGGCCUGUUCAGCCAACCGAUGUUAAAUGAUCAAAGUAACAUUUUACUGAGGUUGCCCCCCUUUUUUUUUUUUUUACUAUUCAGGAGUUUUUCGCUGCUGACAAUCUAAAGUGUUGAGGAGAAAAAUACCUCAGGUUACGCUGGCAGGACAGACAUCAACGUGCGACGCAGACUAUCUGCUUUAAUACAAAUCCCUUUGUAAAACGUUACUUAAGGUGGCACAAACCUACUGGUAGGCUAAGCUAUUCAUUUCCUUUUUUUACUUUGUCCUUUUUAUUUGUGUAUUUUCUUGAAAGGAAACCGAUGCUGAUCUAACAGUGUUGAGCAGGUUGUUCUAUCAAAUGAGCAUGUGCUGGAUGUACCAAUCCUUUAAAUUGUUUUGUGCUACAGACUUUUUUCCAAUUGUUGUUGGAUGCAAAUAAAUAGAUCGAAUACUCAUCACAUUA